AUGCAAGCCCACGAAGAUGCCUUGGCACUACUCACGGGUAGUGCGGUAAAGACCACUGAGACGGGAAUGGAGCAUCUUUUGAGUGUAUACGGCGCCCAAGAGAUCUGCGAGCUAGCAAACGAGACGUGCCCUACAACCCAGCGUAAAACGAUACUGGAUGAACUCGCGGAGAUUCUACAUCUGCGUGGUCGGUUACAACAGAUGGGUGCUGCUUUCUCUGACAAUGGAGAGCUUCUCACUUACGGCAACCCAUACGCGUCCACGGAGUUCCAGACCAUGCUACGUCUCGGUCCGAUGUACGAAGAGCAAUGGAACGGUUUCUUCAUCGACAACUAUGAGCCUCCUGAGCACGGAGGUGCCGACAGACAACUAUGGUCUGGCCUGCGCACUCUGAAAAGAGCUCUCCGAAAUGAGGGCAUCGUAUUUGGCCGCGAGCAUCAGCGCUAUUCGUUUGGUAACUCCAGCACAAAGCUUCGAAGACUGUGCUGUGCGUAUGACGAACUGCGAAUUCAAUGGUUGACAAUGAUGCGAUCGAGCCUCCCAGCACUCGGAGACAGACAACUGUACACCCUUCUUGGGGAUUCGUCUGGUGAUGACGAUUCGGAAUCUGGCGACGAUGCGAAGCGAAGUAGAGAUGGUAUCGUCGUUAUAGACGGCGACCAGUCACGCGACAAGGCUGGCCGGCCUCGAAUGCUGCGGCACCGAAGCAGCGGCGUUCCGCAAGCCCUUGGCUGGCGUUUCAGUGACGAUUCGAAGUCACCGCGCCACAAAAAUGACUGGUGGAGGUUCAGCGACGACCUGGAGUCUGUACCGGUGUGGGGAAACAUCGAACGUGCUGACGCAGAGGAUACCCAAGUCGUACCGCAGGCUGUUCCGAUGACAGUAGAUCGCGACGCCAAAGAGGCCACCAACGUUCAACUUGUGUCCAAAGCAGCGGCUUUGCGACCACCAACUCCCCAACCUCUGAUGCUAUACAGCCCAUCGCCAUUGCAACACAUGAACACCCAGCGCACGAUACCUCGAGCGGAACCUAUGCCAAGCCAGAGAGAAGAGAAUGUUGUCAACACCAACGCAAAGCCGAUUUGGGCCCGAGAACUGAGCAAAGAUGAUAGGAAGACUAAGAAGUGGGGCAAAGUUCGCCAUUGGUUCCGACAUGCAUUCAGUCGCAAGUAG